CAUAAGACAAUUUCAAAACAAAACACACGUCCUUGUUCUAAGCCACUCUCAAUUCAUUUCAAUUUUCAACUGGGAUCGGCUUUAUUCAGUUCCAUCUUCUUCUGAUUCCACGCCAUUAUUGACCGACACCAAGCUUUUCCAAUUUUCAACUCACCCUUCCUCAUUUUCGCCUCAAAUCCUUCAUUUGAUUCGAGCAGAAUGAUUUCAGAUACUCUUAACCCGGCCGAUGACUCUGACGGUAUCCGCGAUCGGCUUCGAGAGCACCUACUAGUGGUGAACGAGGAAACCAAAAACGGAGGAGUGGAUGAUCAUGUGAAGAUUCGGAUACGUAAUUUGACGAAGUUUUCGGACGGAAAGGAGAAUCCGAUUCUGAGAGGUAUCAAUGUGGAUAUACUUAGGGGGAAGAUCGUCGGAAUUAUUGGCCCGAGCGGCAGCGGCAAAUCCACAAUGCUUCGGGCUCUCAAUCGGCUGUGGGAGCCGCCAGCGGAGACGGUGUUUCUGGAUGGCCACGAUAUCGUCGAUCUCGACGUUCUCGGCCUUCGCCGGAAAGUCGGGAUGCUCUUCCAGAUUCCUGCCCUAUUUGAAGGCACUGUUGCUGAUAAUAUCAGAUAUGGUCCACAGUUAAGGGGAAAAAGGCUUAGUGAUGAUGAAGUUCAUAAGUUACUCAAUCUAGCGGACCUCGACUCCUCGUUCUUUAGCCAGAUUGGUUCUGAACUAUCCGUUGGGCAGGCUCAACGAGUCGCGCUCGCUCGGACCUUAGCGAAUGCACCUGAGGUAUUGUUGCUAGACGAGCCAACGAGUGCAUUGGAUCCGAUCUCGACUGAGAACAUCGAGGAUGUGUUGAUGAAGCUGAAGACGAAAUGGGGAUUAACAAUAAUAAUGGUUUCCCAUAGCAUCAAACAAAUCCAGCGAAUUGCAGAUGUAGUCUGCCUGCUAGUAGAUGGCGAGAUCGUUGAAAUCCUCCCACCCGACAAGCUCUCGGAAGCCAAGCACCCGAUGGCCCUCAAGUUUCUCGAACUCAGCUCUUGAAACAGCCCUUGAUACUGUGUGUCCUAUGUUUGCAAACUCUCCUAGAAGUGGAAUAAUAUAAUGAACAUGGAACUUCUCUGGUAACUAUUAGAUGCAUGAAGUUUGAGAUUG